AUGGACGUUGAAGAAGUGAUUGCUGUUUAUUACAUCUACGAUCGCUACAUAAAAAAGAAAAAGAAAAAAAAAUACUGGAUACAUCCUUUCCUACAAACCAAAGAUGAAACCAGGCAUUUUGAUAUAUUUUUUGAAAACCUCAAAAAAUAUGAAGACAAGUUUUUUGGUUACAUGAGAAUGAGUUUAAAAUCAUUUGAAAAAUUAUUGAGGAUUUUAAGAACAUCAAUAACGAAGGAAGACACACGAUUCCGAAAAAGUAUUAAGCCUGAAGAAAAGUUAACCAUUGUACUACGAUAUUUUGCAACAGGUUGCUCAUUUGCAGAACUACAUUAUGUUUUUCGGAUUGGAAUUAGUACUGUCGCAGAAAUUGUCCGAGAAGUAUGUGCUGCAAUAUGGUAUUGUUUAAAAGAAAUAUGUCUACCUGAACUAACAAAAGAAAUGUGGUAUCAAAUUGCAAAUGGUUUUUUUAAGAGAGCAAAUUUUCCUCACUGCAUAGGUGCAUGUGACGGCAAACAUAUUAGAAUUAUAGCACCUGCCAAUAGUGGAUCAAUGUGCUAUAAUUACAAAGGAUUUUUCUCUCUAGUUUUAAUGGCAAUUUGUGACAGUGACUAUAAAUUUGUACUAAUAGACGUUGGAGCGUAUGGGAGAUUUGGAGACUCAGCAAUUUUUCAAAAUUCUAAUUUUUAUAAAAAAAUUCAGGAGAAACGUCUGAACAUUCCCGAUCCAUCACCGAUUUCGCCAGAUAGUACCACUUGUUUGCCGUUCGAUUUUGUUGGCGAUGAAGCGUUCGCUUUAAGUACAACUAUGAUGCGUCCAUAUGCAAGAAACAAUUUAAAUGUUACAAAAAAAACCUAUAAUUAUAGGCAUUGCAGAGCUAGGCGUUAUAUAGAAUGCACAUUUGGCAUACUUGCAAAUAAAUGGCGAAUAUUUCAUAGACCUAUCAAUGUAAAUAUUGAUUUAGUUAAUGAUAUAAUCAAAUCUGCUUGUUUUUUGCAUAAUUUUGUGAGAGAUAGAGAUGGUUUUUCUUUUGAAGACACUUUAAAUAACCCAUUAGCCGAAACCAUUGCAUCAGAUAGUGUUCGAAGAAAUGACAGAACUGCAUUGAGAUACCGUGAAUUAUUCGCAGAAUACUUUAUGACCGAGGGAAGAUUGGACUGGCAAGACAAUUACAUUUAA